AUGUUUCGUGGGAAAGAAGUUCGAUAUUUAAGGGUCAAGAUAAAGAUGAAAGGAAUAAACAUAAUUAACGAAUUAUUCCGCCCCUUUGCUUCAUUUCCUAACAAUGGUAAAAUAAAAAAAAAUGUGUUAUAUUUCAUCAACUUAACGAAGUUUCAUGUAUAUGAGCAGUUGUUGGUUGAAGAAAGUUUGUACAGGCUAAGUAGUCAUUUGAGCAACGACUUAAAUAAUGUAGGGUUUGUAAUAAUAAAUAACACGUACACUGAUGGAGAACAAUGCGAAAAAGGUGUAAGGUGCGAAGGAGACGAACAACGAAAUAUGGUAAAUAACAAAUGUAUCGUAUUAGGAAUAAGCGGAAAAGUUAACGAUUAUAUAAAGGAUGCUUCUUAUGUUAAAGGGAAUAAAAUAUGCAUAAUUAAAAGAUUCACAGGAGGAGGGACAGUUUAUAUGAACAAGAAUUGCUUGCUACUUUCCUUUAUUCUUCCCCAUAAUUUUGAAAAGGAAAAGAAAAUAUAUCCAUCGAAUAUAACUGAAUGGAUAUUUAAAUUUAUCUAUAAACCCUUUACAGAUGAAAAGAAAAAAAAUAGUAGUCUUUUUAAUGAAAAUUUUUAUUAUCAUGAAAAUGAUUUUGUUUAUAAAACAUAUGAUAAGGAGAAUGAAAAGAUAAUUUUUAAAAAAGUAGGGGGUAAUGCACAAGCCUUUUCAAAAAAUUAUUUUGUUCAUCAUACUUCUUUUAUAUGGUAUUGUAAUUAUCAGGAAAUGGAAAAUGUUUUAUUGAACCCACUUAAGCAACCUGUGUAUAGAAAUAAAAGAAGCCAUUAUAAUUUUUUACAAUCUCUACAAUCAUGUUUACAUAAAAAUGUAGAUACUCCUAAUUUGUUUAUUCAACAGUUUAUUUCCCAUAUACGAGAAAUAAUAAAUAAAAAAAAUUCUGUACAAAAAGAGGAAUUUUGGUAUUUUAACAGUAUAAACUUAAAUAUUAAUGAAGACAAAGCAAUGUCAACAUUUCAUCUUUUUGAUAAUGUUCAUAUGGUUCAUGUUGAUUUGUUAAGAGAUAUUUUUCUUUUUUAUACCAACCAUGGGAAAACAACAAAUUUAAGGUCUACCCAUUUUUUGGAUGCACACGGGAAUAAAGUCCCUGACACGUAUUAUCAGUAUCCAUCCUUUAUUUUAACUUGA